UCUCAUUUAGUCUGUGACUAUGCUACGGACUUUUUUACUUUGCUUCUUCUUCUUCUCUCUCUUUCAGUUACGAUAGAGCUUCGAGAUUGGCGACGUACGCUAAAUGGCGAAAUCGAGCGCCGAUGACGGCGACCUCCGGCGAGCUUGCGAAGCCGCAAUUGAGGAUACCAAGCAGAAGAUCGUGAUGGCGCUUCGGGUCGCCAAGGGUCACGGCAUCUUAGGAAAAUCGUCCAAGCUCGGUCGCCAAAUGGCCAAGCCUAGGGUUCUCGCUCUCUCCACAAAAUCGAAGGGUCAGAGGACAUCGGCUUUUCUUCGCGUAUUGAAGUAUUCUACGGGAGGAGUUCUUGAACCUGCAAAGCUAUACAAGCUGAAGCAUCUGUCAAAAGUGGAAGUUGUAGCAAAUGAUCCCAGUGGAUGUACAUUUACUCUGGGAUUUGAUAACCUUAGAAGCCAGAGUGUGGCUCCUCCUCAAUGGACCAUGCGCAAUAUUGAUGACAGGAAUCGCCUUCUUCUUUGCAUCUUGAACAUAUGCAAAGAUGUUUUGGGUCGCCUUCCGAAGGUUGUCGGUAUAGAUGUUGUGGAGAUGGCUCUUUGGGCUAAGGAAAAUACACCCUCUGUCCCUGCUCAGAAUAAAGUACGAGAUGGUGGUCCUGUUGCAUCAUCUGUUGUGAGGGAGACAGAAUUAUAAGUUAAUGUUGAAAAGGAACUUGUCUCCCAGGCAGAGGAAGAGGACAUGGAAGCUCUUUUGGGAACUUAUGUGAUGGGUAUAGGUGAAGCAGAAGAAUUUUCUGAAAGGUUGAAGAGGGAGCUCCAGGCUCUCGAAGCAGCAAAUGUGCAUUCUCUUUUAGAAAGUGAACCUUUGAUGGAUGAGGUUAUGCAAGGGCUUGAAGCAGCGACCAGUGUUGUGGAAGAUAUGGAUGAAUGGUUAAGCAUAUUCAAUGUAAAACUCCGGCACAUGAGGGAGGAUAUUGCAUCAAUAGAAACCCGCAAUAACAAUCUGGAAAUGCAAUCAGUUAAUAACAAAUCUCUCAUUGAAGAGCUUGAUAAGCUUCUUGAGCGGUUGCGUGUCCCUUCUGAGUAUGCUGCAAGUUUGACAGGAGGUUCAUUUGAUGAAGCUCGAAUGCUUCAAAAUGUUGAGGCAUGUGAAUGGUUGACUAGUGCCUUGCGUGGCCUUGAAGCACCUAAUCUAGACCCUAGUUAUGCAAACAUGAGAGCUGUUAAAGAAAAGCGUGCAGAACUUGAAAAAUUAAAAUCUACUUUUGUCAGGAGAGCAUCUGAAUUCUUGAGAAAUUAUUUUGCUAGCUUGGUGGACUUCAUGAUAAGUGAUAAAAGCUACUUUUCCCAGCGAGGACAGUUAAAGAGGCCUGAUCAUGCUGACCUGCGGUACAAGUGCAGGACAUAUGCACGUCUUCUGCAACAUUUGAAGAGUCUUGACAAGAAUUGCUUGGGUCCGCUGAGAAAAGCUUAUUGCAGUUCUCUAAACUUGCUUCUUCGUAGGGAGGCCCGUGAGUUUGCAAAUGAGCUUCGUGCUAGUACUAAAGCAUCUAGAAAUCCAACUGUUUGGCUCGAAGGUUCUUCAGGUUCUGGUCAAAAUGUAAAUGCUACAGACACUUCCACAGUUUCUGAUGCUUAUGCGAAGAUGCUUACAAUUUUUAUUCCACUUCUGGUGGAUGAGAGUUCUUUUUUUGCACACUUCAUGUGCUUUGAAGUCCCUACACUCGUUCCUCCUGGAGGUGUUGUUAAUGGAAACAAAACUGGAUAUGAUGAUGAUGAUGAUGAUUUGGGAAUUAUGGACAUUGAUGAGAAUGACAGCAAAUCUGGUAAAACUUCUGCUGAGCUUGAAGCUUUGAAUAAAUCACUUAAGGAUUUACUUGAUGGAAUACAAGAAGACUUUUAUGCUGUUGUGGAUUGGGCAUACAAGAUUGAUCCUCUACGCUGUAUAUCAAUGCAUGGAAUAACAGAGCGUUAUCUAUCUGGUCAGAAAGCUGAUGCAGCAGGAUUUGUACGUGAUUUACUUCGUGACCUGGAGUCUCGGAUAUCUAUGCAGUUCAACCGUUUUGUUGAUGAAGCUUGCCAUCAAAUUGAAAGAAAUGAAAAGAAUAUUCGCCAAAUGGGUGUCCUCUCAUAUAUUCCCAGAUUUGCAACCCUUGCAACUCGGAUGGAGCAGUACAUCCAGGGUCAGUCUAGGGAUUUGGUUGACCAAGCAUAUACAAAAUUUGUUAGCAUAAUGUUUGCUACUUUAGAAAAAAUUGCUCAAACAGAACCAAAGUAUGCAGAUAUUUUUCUUUUUGAGAACUAUGCUGCCUUUCAGAAUAGUUUGUAUGACCUCGCCAACAUUGUGCCCACUUUGGCCAAAUUUUAUCAUCAGGCCAGUGAAGCCUAUGAACAAGCUUGUACACGUCAUAUUAGCAUGAUAAUAUACUAUCAAUUUGAACGCCUUUUCCAGUUUGCUCGAAGGAUUGAGGACUUGAUGUUCACUGUUCCACCUGAAGAGAUUCCUUUUCAGCUUGGACUGUCAAAAAUGGAUCUUCGGAAGAUGUUAAAAUCCAGUUUAUCUGGGGUGGACAAGUCCAUAGCUACGAUGUAUAAGAAACUGCAAAAGAACUUGACUUCAGAGGAACUAUUACCCUCUUUAUGGGACAAAUGCAAGAAGGAGUUUCUUGAUAAGUAUGAAAGUUUUGCCCAACUUGUGGCUAAGAUUUACCCUACGGAGACCAUCCCAUCUGUUGCAGAGAUGAGAGACCUUUUAGCUUCCAUGUAGAGGUUUAUGUACGUAAAUAUUUUUCUUUCUUUUCAUUUUAUGUAAGGUAUGAUCUUUCUUCUCUCUAUUUAAUUUUAUUUAUUCAAUAAAUU